UCUUUUUAACAAUUAAUAUGAUCGAUUAUUAAAAUUAAAUAUUGUAUUUAAUUUUCUUUUGCUAUCUUUUGUGCUUUAUUUUAUUUCAGCUAUGUCAUUCAAGGCAGUCCAACUUACUAUCCAAGAUCAUUAUGUUGUUAUCGAUAAUGGGAUACUCGAAAUCACAAUAUCGAGACCAGAUGGGAUCAUCACAAAGAUAAUAUACAAUGGCAUAGAGAAUUUGCUUGAGGACACAGUUGUAGAAGAACAUAGAGGGUAUUGGGACCUUAAUUGGAGUGAUCCUGGAACUUCAGGCACAAGAGGCUACGGCGAAAGAGUCAAAGGAACGGAUUUUCAAGUUGUAGUAGAGAACGAUGAAAUGGUGGAAGUGUCUUUCACAAGAACAUGGAUACCUUCAUCUAAAGGCAAAUUUGUGCCAUUGAACAUUGAUAGAAGGGUCAUAAUGCUUCAGGGUUCAGCAGGCUUCUACUGUUAUGGUAUUUAUGAGAAAUUAAAGGAAUGGCCUGGAUUCAAUCUUCCUCAAACAAGGAUUGUUUUCAAGCUUAACAAAAAGUGGUUUCAGUAUAUGGCAGUAGCAGAUAACAGACAAAGAAAAAUGCCACUUCCAGAUGACAGGUUACCAGGAAGGUGCCAAGUCCUUGAACCUCCUGAAGCAGUGCUUCUUACAAAUCCUAUUGAAGAAGAAUUUAAAGGAGAGGUGGAUGACAAAUACCAGUAUUCGUGUGAGGACAGAGAUCUCCAAGUCCAUGGAUGGAUAUGCACCGAUCCCCCUACCGGAAUGUGGCAAAUAACACCUAGUGAUGAGUUCAGAACCGGUGGACCAUUCAAGCAAAAUCUUACCUCUCAUGUUGGCCCUUACAACCUUGCUAUGUUCAUAAGUGCACAUUAUGCUGGGGAGGACAUGGUAGCAAAAUUUGCACAAGGUGAGGCAUGGAAAAGGGUGUUUGGUCCGGUUUUUACGUAUGUUAACUGUGUGCCUAAAGAAGAUGACUGGCAUUGGCUGUGGGAUGAUGCUAAAGAACAGGCUGUGAUCGAAACAGAUAGGUGGCCGUACUCAUUUCCAGCUUCAGAAGACUAUCCAACAUCUGAUCAAAGGGGUAAUCUCUCUGGUAGAUUAUUAGUCCAUGACAGGUAUUUUAAUGAUGAUUAUAUCCCAGCAAAUGGAGCAUAUAUAGGUUUAGCAUCUCCUAAUGAACCAAAAUCUUGGCAGCUGGAAGGCAAGGGUUAUCAAUUUUGGACAACAACAGAUGAGGAUGGUUAUUUCUUCAUAGAUGAUAUAAGAGCUGGUGACUAUAAUCUGUAUGCUUCGGUCCCUGGCUUCAUAGGAGACUAUGUAUGCGACAACAAUGUUUCUGUAACUCAAGGUCUUCAAACAUACUCCCACUUACGCGAAAUAAAUACAGUACAAAAUUUCCUGUGCUUAAGCAUCUUACAUUACUACAUAAAUCUUGUAAAGAUGACUUACAGAAAGCAAGCUUAUACAGGUUUUGCUAUUGAUAUGGGUGAACUUGUGUAUGAACCACCAAGUGAUGGACCGACAUUGUGGGAAGUCGGUGUUCCUGAUCGAACAGCGAGGAAAUUUUACAUACCUGAGCCCAACCCUAAGUAUGUCAACAAACUCUUUGUCAAUCACCCUGAAAGAUUUAGGCAGUAUGGUUUAUGGGAAAGAUAUGCCGAAUUAUAUCCUAAUGAAGAUCUGGUGUAUACAAUUGGUGAAAGUGAUUAUGAAAAGGAUUGGUUCUUUGCUCAAGUUACCAGGAAGAAAGGAAAUACAUACCAAGGAACAACAUGGAAAAUCAAGUUCAACCUUGAAGAAGUUGAUCAACAUGGAGUCUAUAAACUAAGAUUGGCACUUGCAACUGCGAACAUGGCAGAAUUACAGGUUCGAGUAAACGAUCCAAAAGCAGAACCUCCGGUAUUUACAACAGGACUAAUAGGGAAAGAUAACGCGAUUGCAAGACAUGGGAUUCAUGGGCUAUAUAGGCUUUAUACUGCAGAUAUACAAGGAAAUAAGCUUGUACAAGGUGAUAAUACAAUCUAUUUGACUCAGGCAAAGGGUGGUAGCCCUUUUGUAGGAAUCAUGUAUGACUAUAUUCGCCUCGAAGGGCCUCCUGAUUCUGAUCAAAGUUGAGCUCCAAGGGUUACUUUCUUUGAUGUACACAAACAAGAUGAAUAUGUAUAUGUUGUUCGUUUAUACCACGACAAUCUUAGCUUCAUUAUGAAAUGCUACUAUGUUAAAUAGGAGGCAAAUUCUUGCUUAUGUAUGAAUUUUUCUGAAGUAUAUAACAAUUUCAAACAAUAGUA